AUGGUGAACCUCACGCCCAACGCUGUGUCGAUGAUUUAUAACAACCAGACGCCUGACGGCUUUGAGCCGUGGCUACAGAUCAUCGACACCAAGAAGAUAAAACCGGCUAGUGGUGCAGGCGGCGACCGAUAUCGCAUUGUUCUGUCCGAUGGCACGUCUUAUAUUAGCGGAAUGCUAGCGACGCAGCUGGCACCGAUGAUGGAAAACGAAAGUCUGAAGACGAAUUACGUGCUGCAGCUCAAGGAUUUCUUGCGCAAUGAAGUACAGGGUCGUAGGAUCCUCAUUGUACUCAGCAUCGGCGACAUCGUGCCCGCCUUUGACCGCAUUGGCUCCCCUAUGAACAUCGAAGGCGCCAAGGGCCCGUCUGUUCCACCUGCUCCUGCAGCUAAUGCUCCACCCCUGGCAGCUCUUGGAGCGAGGCCCACCGCGGUGCAAACUGCCUACCAGCAGCCACAAGCUUGUGUUAGCCAGUACAAGCAGCCUUCUUCUGCUCCGUCGAGCUACGUGCCGCCUAAGUCUGCCGUAUCGGCAUACAACCGCGGUCCUGUCGUACGUCAGGACCCAAAUAUUCGGCUUUCAGAUAUUCAAAGCUUGAACCCUUAUGCUGGCGGACGAUGGACCAUUAAGGCUCGAGUAACGACCCGUGCCCCGAUAAAGAACUGGAGCAAUGCGCGCGGCUCCGGCAAGCUAUUCAGUGUUGAUUUGUUAGACGCAAAGGGUGGUGAGAUACGUGCCACUUUCUUUAAAGACGGCGUGGACAAGUUUUACGAAAUGCUGCGUCCAGGUGGUGUCUUCUACUUUUCUGGUGGCAAGAUAAAGAUGGCCAAUCGCCGCUUCUCCUCGGUUGACAACGACUAUGAGGUGACAUUUGACACGCAUUCAGAAAUAUCUCCAGCCCCAGAGGACGGACAAAUUUCACAAAUGCAAUACUUCUUUAAGAAAAUCGCUGAAAUCGAAAACGUGCCUGCCGACACGAAUGUGGACGUCAUUGGUAUCGUGCGUGACGUGGGCCAAGUUAAUGAAAUCACGUCAAAGGCCGGCAAGCAGCUGUUCAAACGCGAUAUUUCGCUCGUUGACGACUCCAACGCUGAGAUUAAGUGCACAAUGUGGAAUGAGCGUGCUCAGGAGGAUUGUUCUAGCUGGUUGAACCAAGUUCUGGCUAUAAAAGGCUGCCGUGUGAGUGAGUACAACGGUCGAUCGAUCGGCACUGUGAUGAGCUCAAAUUUUACUGUCAACCCUACCAUUCCUGAAGCAGGCCACCUUGUCACUUGGUUCUCAAACGGUGGCAGUGCUACCCAAACCAAGUCUUUGAGCUCCGGUGGCGGUGGCUUUGGCGGUGGUUCACUUGGCACCUUUGCCGAACGUGCAGUCAUCAACGAUAUUAAGGGCAAGCAGCUCGGUUUCGGCCAGAAGCCCGAUUACAUCACAGUGAAGGGAACGGUGAGUUUCAUUAAGCACGACACUGGUAUGUACUACCAGGCGUGCCCAAAAUGCCAGAAGAAGGUUGUGGCUGACGUGGCACAAAACUACACGUGUGAGAAAUGCCAAACUUCCUACAACACUUGCGAGAACCGCUAUAUUCUUUCGGUCAUGAUGCUGGACCACACAGGCAGCACAUGGACGACGUGCUUCAAUGACCAAGGUAAGGUGGUGAUGAACGGCCGUACCGCCGAUGAGAUCGGUGAACUUCGUGACACGAACCUGGCACGGUUUGAGUCGACUUUCAAGGAAGCGCUGUUCAAGCAAUACGUAUGCCGACUUCGUGUGAAAGCUGAAAAUGUACAAGAGGAACUUCGAGUCAAGGCGGGUGUUGUGAGCCUGGAGCCUCUCAACUUCGUGCAAGAGUCUAAGGACUUACUACAAGCAAUCGCCCAGUACAAUUAA